AUGGGGCCGAGCGUCCUCCGUGAACGCUUUUUAGCCCAUCCCCCUGCUCCCUCAUUGUGCAUAAAUGGCGCUAACCCAGUCUCCUGCAUGCCUCAGACAAGACCGUGCAGUCCAUAUCUGAUGCGCACUUGCGACUCCAUAAAGGUUUUGAAUCCAAGAGAUCAGAAAUCCAUUCGAUACAUCUACCCGCUGUGCUCUGUGCUUUCAGACGUAUUCAUUCAAUGGUGUGAGACGCAAGAUGGUAACUUGGGUUCUGGUGGUGCCUCCUUCCUGCUCAGUGUCAAAUCCAAGUUCCUUAUGGGACCUCCGUAUCCCAUAGCAGAUUCUGAAUUUUUUCCUCAGCCACUCACUUAUGGGUGUGCUCAGAAACUUGUAGAUGUUAAGGAAAUCACCCAUCACAACCAGGAAAAGGUGACGAGAGUGAAGUCAAUAACAAAGCAGUGUAAUUACAGAAUCAGGAAGAAUGGUCAAAUACAUCUUUAUACUGUCCAGGUGUUCAAUGAUCCAGUACAUGGUCACAUUGAGUUGCACCCUCUGCUAGUCCGUAUCAUUGACACCCCUCAGUUUCAGCGCCUGAGAUACAUCAAACAGCUCGGAGGAAUCUAUUAUGUCUUCCCUGGGGCUUCUCACAACAGAUUUGAGCACUCCAUUGGAGUAGGUCACUUGGCAGGAUGUCUCGCCCGAGAGUUACGUGACAGACAGACAGAUCUUGGCAUUACUGACACAGAUAUACUGUGUGUACAGAUAGCAGGACUUUGCCAUGAUUUGGGUCACGGGCCGUUUUCACAUUUGUUUGAAAAACAAUUCACGACCUACACAAAGCCAGAAUUUAAGCAUGAAGAAGUAUCUGUAAAAAUGUUUGAUCAUCUAAUUGCAUCCAACAAUCUAGAGAGAGAAAUAUCUGAGAAAGACCUAAUAUUUAUAAAAGAGCUUAUAAUGGGCUGCCCAAUGUCGAACGAACUGAAGCAAGGAGUGUGGCCAUAUGCAGGAAGACCAGAAAAGAAUUCAUUCCUUUAUGAAAUUGUGGCUAAUAAAGAAAACGGCAUUGAUGUGGAUAAAUUUGACUAUUUUGCCAGGGACUGUUACCAUCUGGGUAUUCAAAUUAAUUUUGACUAUAAGAGAUUUCUCAAAUUUGUCCGAGUUUGUGAUGUUGGUAACAGGAAACACAUUUGUGUCCGAGACAAGGAGGUUUGGAACCUGUACAAUAUGUUUUAUACACGUUAUGGUCUCUACCGAAGAGCCUGCCACCACAGAGUUGUGAAUGUCAUUGAGAUAAUGAUCGGAGAAGCUUUUAGAAAAGCCGACCAAUACAUUCAGAUAGAAGGUUCAAAUGGAAGAUCCUUUACCAUCUCUGAAGCUGUGGAUGAUAUGGCUGCUUAUACUAAACUGACAGAUGCAAUCUUUCUGCAGAUUCUGUAUUCAAGUGAUUACAAUCUGUCUGAUGCCAAAAAAAUCUUGGAGAAAAUCGUACAACGCAAGUUUUACAAAUACUUGGGAGAAGCAACUCCCAAUCCAAACAACACACAAUCCCUGGAUAAAAACCAGUUAUUGGAAGAACUGGCCAAAGCAGUUGCUACAGUAGAUCCCAAUAUGAGAUGUACCAGUGAGGAUUUUGUGGUAGAUGUGUUCCGUAUGGAUUAUGGAAUGAAAGAAAAAAAUCCCAUAGAUAAAGUUCACUUCUAUAGCAAGAAUGACCCAAGCAAAGUAUUUCAUAUCGAGAAAGGACAGGUCUCCAAUCUGCUUCUAGAGAAUUUCUCAGAACAGAUCAUCCGCGCCUACUGCAAAAAAACUGAUGAGAAUAUACUGGAAGCUUCCAAGAAGGCCUUCAAAAAGUUGUGCCAGGACAAAGGAUUCUCAGUUCGCCAGGUCUGUGCUUCUAAUUUGAUGGAGACUAGUGAUGUGCAUGCUGGGAACUCCUGCUUGACUUUUCUGCUUACGCUUUCCCCCAACCUGUGA